GCAGAGAAAACAGGUAGCGGAAGAAAGCGUAGAGACAAAGUUCAGCUACGACUGUGAAUCAGGUUGUGCUUCCCACAAACGUCAGUAAAACACCAGUCAUUUGGAUAUUUGGCAGCCCUAAAAAACCAUCAGAAGUUCAGGAGACACCAUGAGAGCAAAUAAGGGGGCUGAGUUGUUAAUUCUCAGUGUGGCUGUGGCAGCUGUUGUGUCCCUUGAGGUAGAAACACCCAAGAAAAAAGUGGAAGUAGCAAGAGAAUAUACUGCCACCCUCCCGUGCACCUUCCGAAGUGCUGAAACGUCUACUGAUAAAGACUUUGGUGUUUGGAAAAAAAUCUCUUCAGAUAAAGAAUUUGUUAACUGGUACUUUGAUGGUGGAAAAGAACCACCAUAUAUAGACACGACUUACAAGGAUCGUGUGAGCCUGUCUGGCAACCCAAGCAGCAACAACCUCACCAUCACCCUCAGUGAUGUGACUAUGGAUGACAAUGGAACCUAUGAAUGUUCAGUUCGCAUGCGCCAUGAUCCCCCGGUGAAAAGUGCACGGAUGGAUCUUUUUGUCCUGGUGGCUCCAUCCAUACCGGAGUGCAAAAUUAUAGGGACUGCAGUGUACGGACACAACAUUAACCUGACCUGCAGUUCUCAGGAAGGAUCCCCCAAACCUCAGUAUUCCUGGCAAAGGUUUGAUGUACAAAAUCAACAAAAGGAACUCACAAGAGCAGUAGCAUCAGGAGGAAUAUUGACUCUGAAGAAUGUUUCUGCAGACACCUCUGGCUACUAUAUUUGCACUUCUACCAACUCCGUGGGACAGAAAUCCUGUAACAUGACUGUUUCCAUUUCACCUCCAUCCAUGAACAUUGGACUUUACGCUGGAAUCAUUGGCGGUGUUGUUGCUGCAAUAAUUGCCAUUGGCAUUAUAGCUUAUUGUUGCUGCUGUAGGAAGCGGAAGGAUGAGAUGACAGAGAAAGAAAAUGGAUACCAACCGCCACAAAAUGAACCUGUACGAAUCAGGGGACCAGCUGAGGAAGAGAUACAAGAUGAUGAAGAAGAACAGCGGGAGGAAGACAGGUGGAAACAGAAGCCACUAAUGCCACCAACCCCCAAGCCAGAAGUUGUGGCCUAAACACUAACCUUUCCAGAUGGGGGAAAGAACAGCAAAGGAAAGGGUUUCCAGGCAUUCCUGGAAUGCUGCUUAAAAAGACAUGGCAGCUUCAAGGCUUCCUUCUUCUGGUUAGUCAAUUAAUGGGAGAGAUGGAAAUGCUAUUGUAAAUGUUACACUGUCACAAAUGCUCCAUACUAAUUUAUCAUUUUCAUGGUGGGAAAAUGGGAUAGUUUCACCUUCGGUAUAUUUGAAAGAGCAAGAUAUAGGACCAUCAGUUUAGCAUAAUAGUAUAAUUGUUGCUAAUUUGUUGGGUAGGAUUCAGAUGUCUUCACUUGUGGAAAUGCUUGUCGUAGGGACACCUCAGUUUCCUAGCACUGAAGCCACAAUGUUGCGCUACAAGAAAGAUGUUCUUCUUUCCCUAGCAUAGCAUCUAAUGCUAUUGCUAUGCAAAAUGUGAUUAUGACAGUCAUGAGUGCUCAUUGGAUAGUACAUGCAACAUUCCGAACUUUGAUUCCAUCAUUUUUUAAAACUAUUUUUAAAUGACUCUUCGCUGUGCUAUUAUGCUACCUCAACAUUUCAGCACUUGUUUAAAAAGUUUAAAGGAAGAAAGAAUACUUCUCCCCCUCCCCACUAUAUCAGGAAUCAGGAAUGUGUUGUUUUAUUUGAUGGCUGGCUACAUUAUAUAGCACUGAUAAGUGCCCAUAAUAGCUCAAUUUUAUUGCUAACCAUGGAAUUCGCUUUUUAAGAAAUCAUCAGGAAAGGGCCUUAAUUGCAGCUGGCUGGAAAGACUUUGAAUGAAUGUGUUAUUAAUGAUUCUCUUUGUAUGGAAUUGUCUGCAUUUAUUUUUGAAGUUGUGACAUUUAAGAAGGAUACUUCUAAGAUGCUUGGACCAUUGUUGGCUGUAACUGAGCUCAAGCUGGAGCCACUGAGGACUGGUUGGAAGAAGACUCCCUUUCCACCUUCCCUCAGUAACUAGUUUUGUAUGCAUGUAUAAUAGCAACCAUGCCAGGAAAGGCAGAAUCUACUUUUCUAAUAUAGUAAUUUUAAAAAUCCUGA